UUGUGUCCGUGUGAAAAGCUUUACUGUGGGUUACCAUGGUGCGGAGUUAUAAAAUGGGACGCAGAAUGAAAACAUAUGACAUCAUCAGGACAGUGGUGGCGACCCGACAGGCUUCCUUAUUUAGACGAAGACUUCGCGAAUUCACGCCCUCCUGUUCGCUUUUGAAACUAUUGAUCAAUAUUGAUUAUCGUCGGAACACUGCGUCUGUCUGUCUGUCUGUCUGUCUGUCUGUGUCACUAGGUAGUUAUUUAUCUUUGAACUGUCAACGAAUGUGAUGACAAUGGCAUUCAUGUGAAUGUAGACUACGGAAGUUUUAACGUUAUGCAUUGCAUCUGGCGUUAUAGUUGCGCACAGCUACUCAAAUUAUGGGUUGGUUUUUGUGACCAUCAUUUAUUUUAGGCAGUCUCUUCACUUAUUAUUUAUAAGGCGUAGCAGAUGCUCUCUGACGCAUAAAGAUGGGGCCAUUUCUUUAGUGCUGUCAGGCUGUGAAACCCACCCCUACAUGAACCCUUAUUUUAGAGCAAUAUUGCUCAAAAAUGACUCUGUCUUGACGUGUUGGCAUGAUUUGCAUGUGGUAUUUGUGGAUGUAUUAGCUAUAAUAAGGAACCAGUGAAAUUAUAUGGAUGAAAGUAGCUAUAGGAUUCUAAUAACUACAGAUUAUAAUGCAAGACAUUCAAUUAUUUGACGAAUAGGCCUACUAAAUCUUUAUUUUUACUACUGAAUCAUUUUUAAAAUCUAAAACAUUUCCGUCCACUUCACCUCGUUGGUCUGUUAUUCUUUAUACAUGUAGCUCUUGUAGGGAACAUAAUGCAAAACACGAAUCCGAUGAAGUCAUCAUCUUAACCUAUGUAAUCGUUAAAUUACAUUGUAUUUAUUUACACAUCCGGGAUUAUUUUCGCUUGGCUGGUAGCCCCGCCCCCACCGCCCAUCUAUUGGAUGCUUCACACGCCAGUAAUGCGACGCCCCGCCCACUCAAAGCAGCAAGUCUAUCACAAACACAAAGAGUGCAACAAAGACUAGAGAAAUGUACAACCUAACCGACACACAAAACUGUCAGAUAGUCUCAGUUUGAGCUCUCCAGACGGAAUCUGCACCGAGACAAGGCAACCGAAACCAAAAAAUAAAUACAAAUAUCACAAAGUAGCCUAUACCCUGGAGAAAAAAAUAAUAUUCAGCUUCCCUAUAGAAAAUCUAUGCCAAACUUCGCAUUGAGAUCCAGUUCAGGUGAAAGACAUAUGGUUUUGGAAGAACAUGAGGAUGAGUGAAGGAUGUCGUAUUUUCUCCUGUGGUGUCUGUGUGGAGCGUACCACACAUCCACUCCACAACAACGACGGCUUUUGCUUGCAUCUUCCAGUGUUUCUUCUGUCAGCAAGUUCAGCAGAGCUGCAACUCGUCUAGCGCCAGCCCAGAGGAGCCCAGUGAGGAGCAUCACGACUGUGAGAUGGUAAAAAUGACAAAGUCUAAGACCUUCCAGGCUUACCUGCCCAACUGUCACCGAACCUACAGCUGCAUCCACUGCCGGGCACAUCUCGCCAAUCACGAUGAGCUCAUCUCAAAGUCAUUCCAAGGCAGCCAGGGACGAGCCUACCUCUUCAAUUCAGUUGUGAAUGUCGGUUGUGGUCCAGCAGAGGAGAGGGUUCUCCUAACAGGUUUACACGCUGUGGCGGACAUCUACUGUGAAAACUGUAAAACCACUCUGGGCUGGAAAUACGAGCAUGCGUUUGAGAGCAGUCAGAAAUACAAAGAAGGCAAGUUCAUCAUCGAGCUGGCUCACAUGAUCAAAGAUAAUGGCUGGGAGUGACCUUCACCUACUUCCUCUCCGCUCAGUGACCUUUGGGCUGCUCUGCCGUGGACUUUGCCGAGUGACACCAUCACACGCACACGUACACAAACAAAAAAACGCACAGACACGCGCGCACACACACGCCACCGUCGACCAUGACACAUCCUGACAUCUCUACUGGGUCAUCACAAAACUCGAAGGCAGAGUGAUGGAAAGCGAAUCGAAGACAUCUACGGUCACUGAAAGACUCUCUAGGACCUUUUUUCCGAGAUGUACGUCAACACUUUGGGAUCCGAACCUUCUCCCUUCCUGUUCAACUGCCCCGUUAACUGGUUUCGGUGUGCUCGGCCCUCCUCGUGUGUAAGCUGUUAACAGUAUCCAGAAGACACAGUCUCACGUUUUUCAUUUGACAUCCUCCUCUGUUUUGUUGAGCGAGCGGGAGGCGUGCGUCUUAGUGUGCGUUCUUUCUUUUCGACAGGAAUCUCGAGUCCUUCCUGGUGGACUGAUGUUACUGGUUAGCAUUUUUCUCCUUCUCUGAGUCAAGCCCGUUCUGAUUGUCUUUCCUUUCACUCUGGGGUAGCGACAAUUGACCUAUGUUAUAAGAGUUGGGGUUGGUUUCAGGGUUCGGCUAUGUAGCAGUAUAUUUCAGAUGGGGGUGGGCGUUCAGCAUUGCAGUGGCAUGGCAUUUUACCCGUUUUAUUUCCAAAUCGAAAUGUUUUUCUUCCUCAGAUGACUUCACUGUGCAAUUCGUGGGACACUCUGGUACAGCAGUAGCGUCUGACCCCCUACUGGAGCUUUAGUUGUCUCUGGUGCUUUUGGUGAGAUUACACAAACGCGUCUUUGAGUUGGCAUUUGUGGCAGGUUCCAUUUUUGCAGCCGUACUAUAGGCGAAAGAAAAAAACUAAACGAAACAAGACAAGCGACAGCCGUUUGGAUGCACUGGACAUUGGGGAAAACUGAAACUAGUGUCCUCGGAACAUUGUUUGCAUUACAUUUUCAUCCCCCUUCACGCCAAAUGAUGACAAGAUUUUACAAAACUAUUGUUGUUGAUAUUACAAUCAUGUGUAUGUUCAUUGCUAUGUGUAAUUUAUGUGUUAAACCACAUGUUUGGACAUGCACACGCAUGUUAGCUCAGUGUGUUUUACGCAUUAUGUUUAUGGCAUACUUGAAUGCAGUUACUUUGUUUGCACUUUGCAGAGGCCUUGUUCAUGGGUUUAGAGGCAAAAGUCUGUUCAUUUUAUGGCCUUUUUUUUUCAUGGAAAAUAAUCGAAUGAUUGUAUUAGAUGCUUUGAAUGAUUUUCAGGGUUGGGUGGUUGCUGGCUUGAUCAUCUCCCUCUACUUUCAAACACGAAAUCUGCUUUCGCUUUCUUCCGCAGGCUGGCAGACCUGUUCGCUACGCUCGUAAUUCAUCCAAUUGGAUUCGCGCAUCAGAAGCAAGUCUCGAAUUUUACAAUCGGACACCAUUCAAUGUGGCGCUACGCGAUUCUUUUGCUGCUAAUAGAGAUAAAUGCAAUCCGGAGCUUUCACUUUAAACCUUCUGCACUUUACCCGGACUGUCUGAGAGCAUGCGAGCGGAUGUGUUCCUUUUGUAGCUUUUCUCCACAUCUUUGCCUCUAAGCAGCAUGAAUCUUGUGCCUCUUCAAAAGAUAAAAAAAAGAAAAGAAAAGAAAUCUCCCUCUCCUGUGUUGUGCGGCGCAUGACUCCGAGAACCCAGCACAUCUAUUAGAAGCUCUGCUGGAGCUUCGUAUCGAACUCGAAAACGACACGAACUUGGAAACACAGAACCUCUAUCCACUUGAAAUAUCUAAUAUAAUCCAGUAUUUUUUCAUAGUUCUAGAUGUUAUGAAACAGUGGUUGUAUUCUGCAAAGUAUAUAAAAGGGGCGGGGCCGUUAGAACGGGAGGGGGUGGAGCUUGCUUCCUUUAGAGGUAAAGAGGGGCAUUUAAUGUAGAUUUUUAUCGAAUAUUAUUAAAUAUAUAUAUAUAUAUAUAUAUAUAUCGAACCGUACAGAUGAAUAUCGAGGUUUCGUCGUGCUUAAGGGUGGGUGGGAUAUGGCGGGCAAUAGUAGAAUGAGUGGCGAACCCUCAGUUAGUGUUCGCCGCCGAUAAGGUCAGUCCGGUCACGUGACCUUCGAAUCAGUCAAAGACAAUGCAAACAAAAUAGUUCUUACUUGAAAGAUGAUACAGAGUUACAGACAAUACAUUGUCCCUCUCACACAGUUUUGUACAUAAAGUAACAUAUUUAAGGUUUUAUACAUAUUUCUACUGGGUUAGUUUCUCUACUUCCCCGACUUGAAGCACUUUUGUUCACUGUACCUCUGGCUUUAUAUAUGUGUGUGAAUGAGAGAGAAAGUGUGUGUGUGUUUGGAUGCAUGUAUGCGUGUUCCCUUACUUCCCUCACUUUAUUUGUAGCCGUUUUUGCUGUUGUUCACUAGUUUCUCUGUGCUGUUUCCUUUAUGACACUUCUUUUGCUGUCUCACAGCGUGUUUUGAUGUGUGCUGUCUUAGCUUGAUGAUAAUGAGCUGCUUUGUAUUUUUUUUUUUUUUCUUUAAUAUUAAAGUCGAUUUUUCGAUAGUUUCCUGUCGAGAGCCUAAUAGCAGAAUGUCUGCUGGUCGUGUUUUAGCAUCAUGGUCAGCGGUGAGCUGGAUUCACCUGCCGAAAUUUCACAAUAGAAACACCGACCCAGACCGUUUUACAAAAAAAAAAAAAGCUUUCCCUAAGAUUUUCAGAAACAGAACUAGAUCCAGGCCAGUGUCACUGUCAGUGUGCACCAAAAAAUAAGACAUCGCUCAACCGAAACCUUUUUACUGAGAACCACUUGGUCAAACCAAAAAUCGAGUUUGUGGUCUCUCUGAAUACCAAGUGGGAAAUGACUUUUUGUUAGCUUUUUUUGGAUUGUGAUUUGUCUUUUAAAGCAACAUAUUAAGGUGUUUCUGAUAUUGGCAGUAGAAAACUGCUGUUUCUUUUAGUGACACUGGUUUCAAACCUUUCUAGACCUGUUAAUCUGAGAUUUGUCAUUCAAACGACAUAUAGUUUAAGGCAACAGUGGUAUGCAAAGGAAACGAUUGUAUAAGUUUGCUGAGUUAUUUUCUUAGGACUGUUAAAAUAUAAGGUCUAAAGCAUGUUGUAUUUAUAAUGGCUAUAUUAAGUCGUGCCUGGUUUUCUUUCUUUCUUUCUUUCUUUUUUUUAUUCUUCAAUGCAAAAAAAGCUUUUUUCUUCUUUUUACUUGAUUACAUUGCUUUGCAUUCUGUCCCAGUAAAGAAAAGUCACAUUUGUCUGUUUUCACUGUAUUGUAAACUAUUCAGAAAUCACAAUAAAGCUUAAAUGGUA